CGUAAGUUCCACUUUUCAUGCCAGUGCUUUGAAGAGUAACUUCCGUUGUGCGCUUUCUUUACGAUUCCCGGAACGACAAGAGAAUGUUGGCGUCCAGGGUAUUUUCACUCGUGGGAAAACGGGCCCUCUCGACAUCCGUUUGCCUGCGCGGUAGUCAUGGAGUUGCCAAGGUGGAAGAGUACUCGCUUCCGGCGUACUUCGAUAGACUGGAUGCACCCCUUCCUGAAGUCAAGUACGUGACCAGUCUGAGUGCAGAGCAGAAGGCUCUGAAGGAGAAGGAGAAGGGAUCCUGGGCCAAGCUCUCCAGCGAGGAGAAGAUAGCAUUGUACCGCAUUAGUUUCAACCACAGCUAUGCUGAAAUGAACAAGGGAUCAGGCGAGUGGAAGAGUGUCCUGGCUGGGGUUCUCUUCUUUCUUGGUUUCACCGGCCUGCUUGUCGCCUGGCAGAGGAAGUUUGUGUACGGCGACGUUCCCCACACCUUCAGUGACGACUGGAAGCAGGCUGAGGUACAGCGCAUGCUGGACAUGAGGAUCAACCCCGUCGAGGGUUUCUCCUCCAACUGGGAUUACGAGAACAAGCAGUGGAAGAAGUGAAGCACUUGGAUCAGUUAAUUUGUGUUAUCAUUUCUCAAAGUUACCUCAGUCAGAUACAUUCUGGAAGAUUUCUUCCUCUUAAGGUUCACGUGUAACUUAAAGCAAAUAAAAUUUCUGUGUUGCCCUGAA